CCACCGUGUCCUCAUUGCCUGUCGAGCCUCUCGCCCAAGUCAGGCCCGCCACUGAAGGCCCCGUCGGGGCCCCAGUUUCACCCCGGGGUCUGGUCUCCUCAGGCGGGAGUCACGCGUGCGUGUUCGGGUCAUUUGAUCGUCAGUUCCUUUGCUUAGAGUGGCGCCGUUUCGCCGUACGGAGACUACGAAGUCACAGAGACUGGAGCUUCUCCCCCUGCUCUCUCUCUUAUUUCUGUGUUAAAGCCUGUUUUUAUUUGGGAAGAUGAGACCCGGACAUAGGAUCAAGGAAGAUUUAAAAGGCUAGGCUGAUUGUUUUCUUUUUUCCUUUUCUUUCUUUCUUUUUUGGCCGAUUGUUUUCUUAAUGGUACAUCUUAUGUGGUGGUCAAGUUUCAGAGGGAAGCUGUUUUUAUUAUUGGUGAGGACGGGGAGGGGGGCAGAACGCAACCUCUGGGCAACUUCAUUGAAUCUUCUUUGUUAAAAUAACCUUUAGUAAACUGUAUGGGCAGUUAUUAUAGGGUUCCCUGUUUCUCCACAUGACCUAUGGUCCUAGGUUGUGAGGUCACUUAGGGAACGAGAGGGUUUUUUUACUUUAAGGUUAUUUCUCGUCCCAGCAGGUCUCUGGGGGGUGGUUCUGGUCAGUGCAGAGCCACCAAGGGAUUGGCUUGCUUGUCUCAUACUCCCUUAAUCUAGUCUCAUCUUCUCAGUUCUCCCAAAAGCAAUGUCUAGGCCCUCCCUCAUCAGCUUCACUCCAGCCACCAACCCCAGUGACCUCUGGAAAGAUGGGCAGCAACAGUCACAGCCUGAAGAGCUGGAGCCCACCUUGGAUGGGACUGCAGCCCGGGCUUUUUAUGAGGCCGUGAUUGCAGAUGAGAGCAGGGUCCUUGAAUCUCAGAGAUCUCAGCCUGAACCUACCAAUAAGAGAAAGAGGAAGAAGAGAAGAAUGAUGAGGGAAGCUGCUGCAGGAGCCUCAGGAGGACAUGGACAAAGGAGAUCCCUUGAGGCAGAGGACAAGAUGACCCAGUGGAUACUGAGGGCAGCUCAGGAGGGAGACCUGGCAGAACUAAGAAGGCUGUUGGAUCCCCGUGAGGAAGGGGGAGCUGGGGGCAAUAUCAACGCUCGGGAUGCCUUCUGGUGGACCCCCCUGAUGUGUGCUGCUCGAGCAGGCCAGGGGGCUGCUGUGCGUUAUCUCCUGGGCCGUGGAGCUGCCUGGGUAGGCGUCUGCGAGCUGGGUGGCAAGGAUGCUGCUCAGCUGGCCGAAGAAGCAGGUUUCCCUGAGGUGGCGCGCAUGGUCAGAGAGAGCCAUGGAGAGACGAGGAGUACAGAGAACAGGUCCCAGUCCCCCUCCCUCCGGUACUGUGAGACCUGUGAUGUCCACUUUCAAGACUCUAACCAUUAUACAUCCACUGCUCACCUGCUAUCACUGCCCCGUGAUCUCAGGUCCCCCAACCUGCCCAUUGGGGUUUCCGCCUCCAGCCCAGGCUUCAAGUUGCUGCUGAGGGGUGGCUGGGAGCCUGGAAUGGGGCUGGGACCCCGGGGUGAGGGCCGCACCAACCCCAUCCCAACUGUCCUCAAGAGGGACCAGGAAGGAUUAGGCUACAGAUCAGUGCCCCAACCCCGAGUCACACACUUCCUGGCUCGAGAUACUCGGGCCGUGGCUGGGAGGGAGAGAGCCCCUCGGGUGACCACAUUGAGCCGGAGGGAGAAGAGAAGGCAGGAGGAGAAGGACAGGGCCUGGGAGCGGGAUCUGAGAACAUACAUGAACCUUGAGUUCUGACCUUGGUAAGUAAGGUCUGAUCCUGGUCUGUUGCUAAAGUCUGAACCUGGACCUAGGAACUUUGGCUUUUACUUUCUGGGGUCUCCAGGUCCCAGAUCGUCAGAUUUUAGUCGGUGGGCUCUGCCUUUGGAAGAGAGGAGCUGAGAGCUGAAAAUAAAUCAAACUUCUUCCUCU